AGGGGAACAACAGGAACGGGCAACGCCGCGCCUGGGAAAUCCCGGAGUGGAUUUCUCUGGAAUUCCAUUCCCGGUAGAAACGGGAGAGGAGACCAAAGUGAAUUUUUGCCAUUUCUGGGUUCCCCAAAAUUCCCGGGGCGGGGUCUCGGUGCCACCGAAGGCCCGGGAGAGGCCGGGCCAGCCCCGGGAGCCUCCCCGGGAGCCUCAUCCCGACCCUCCCAUCCCGCUCCGCCCUCCGGGAGCACCGGCAAUAUCAGCGAGCCCGCGAUGGCGCAGCAGGGACACCGGGGACCCCCGCGCCGCCUGCAGCGGAGGAGGGAGCGGUGCCACGGCUGCUCCGACAGCAUGGAAAACAGAGACGACGAUCCCUGCGGCAGCAGCAGCAGCUCGGCAGCUCCACCAUCCAGCACGCCGGGCUUGAGGGAGGAAUUGCAGUGCCCCGUGUGCUACGAACCCUUCCGGGAGGCCGUGACGCUGCCGUGCGGCCACAACUUCUGCAAGGGCUGCAUCAGCCGCUCGUGGGAGCAGCGGCGGCCCGAGUGCCCCCUGUGCAAGGAGAGGUCCACGCUGGGGCAGCUCCGCGUCAACCACACGCUGAGGAACCUGGUGGAGCUGGUGCUGAAGGAGGACGGGCAGCGGCAGGGCCGCGGCGGGGCGCUGUGCCCCGCGCACCACGAGGAGCCCAAGUUCUUCUGCAUGGAGGACAAGGAGCUGGCGUGCUUCUCGUGCCAGAGCUCCAAGGAGCACCAGGGGCACAAGAUGAGGCCGGUGCAGGAGGCGGCGGCGGAUUUUAGGGCCAAGCUGGCGAACAUGGAGUCUUCCCUGCGGGAUAAAGCCAAGGAUUUCGGGGCCGUGAGCAGAUCCUACGAAUCCAUCGCCCGGCACAACGAGACGGAAUCGGAGCGCCUGGAGCGUCAGGUGAAGUGGGAAUUCGAGAAGCUGCACAAGUUCCUGUGGGACGAGGAGCAGGCGGUGCUGGCGCAGCUCCGGGAGGAGGCGGGCCGGAAGCAGGAUCUGAUCCAGGAAAAAAUGGAGCAGCUGAGCGAGGCCAGCCAGGCCCUGCUGGCCGAGGCCGCGCGGCUCCAGGCCGACUGCCAGCAGGACGACCUCACCUUCCUGAUGGUAAUUCCCGCGUUUCCGGUGGUAAUUCCCACAUUUCCGGUGGCAAUUCCCACAUUUCCGGUGUGGUAA